AUGCGUGCUACACUCCUUACCACCAUCCUGGCAGGAUCCCUCCCCUUGCUUGCAGCGGCACAGGCCCAGGCCACUGCUACUGCGGGGACAACAACUUCGACCGAGACGAAGUGCGCUGCUCAGAACAUCGUCGAUGAUUGUAAAUCACGAAUGUUAGAACAAGUGAACAGUUGCGAAGUAAACGAUUGGAGAUGCCUGUGUGAACAGCAGGGCAACGUUGUUACAUGCUUCAACAACUGCCCUGGUUCUACACAGAGCACUCCUGAAAGGCAAAAGCAACAGGUCUAUUGCAACGCAGCGAAGGCUCUCCCCUCAUCGUCAACAAAGAUCGCCUCUUCGACCUCUUCGGCGACGGAAGCAAAGAAGACCAGUUCCUCUACUACCACCUCGACUAGUACGUCGACGGGUGCUGCUUCUCUUCCUACGGCAGCAUUCGGGACUGUCGAGGGGGGACUGAUGCUGGGCGUUGUACUGGGGGUUCUGGGACUUUGA